AUGAGAGUGUUAGGGGAGUAUUACUACCUCUUAGAUAAGGACACACCAGAGGAAAUCCUAACCAAGCUCUACAAGUUACUUAUGAAUGCCUCGGUUUCUUCAGAAACAAAAGCCUGGUUAAUCGCUGCUGUUACCAAGUUGACAUCCCAAGCACACUCUUCUAACAUAGUCGAGAGAUUAAUCCAGGAAUUCACCAUAUCUUUGGAUACUUGUAUGAGACAGCAUGCAUUUGAAUUAAAACACUUACGUGAGAAUGUGGAACUUAUGAAGAGCUUGCUUCCAGUUGAUAAGAGCUGUGAAGACAUGGUGGUAGAUGCUUCUUUAUCUUUUCUGGAUGGUUUUGUGGCCGAAGAACUUAGUCAGGGGGCAGCACCUUACAAACCUCACCACCAACGGCAGGAGGAAAAGCUUUCUCAGGAAAAAGUUCUCAAUUUUGAACCAUAUGGACUCUCCUUUUCUUCAUCUGGCUUCACUGGACGACAGUCUCCUGCUGGCAUUUCUCUUGGUUCAGAUAUAUCUGGGAAUAGUGCAGAGACCGGGCUGAAAGAGACAAAUAGCUUGAAGCUGGAAGGUAUAAAGAAACUGUGGGGGAAAGAGGGUUAUCUUCCCAAGAAGGAAGGCAAAACUGGGGAUGAAACUGAAGCUCCGCCCGUUCCUCAGGAGAGUAUAAUAAUGGAGACUGUAGACCAAACUAUAAUAAAAAAAGACCAGUGUCAAGUCCUUAUCCAAUCUAAAGAGGAGAAAGAAAAGCAGCUGCUGGCAUCAUCAUUAUUUGUUGGGCUAGGAUCAGAAAGUACAAUCAAUUUGCUAGGAAAGGCAGAUACCGUAUCUCACAAAUUCAGAAGGAAAUCAAAAGUCAAGGAAACCAAAAGUGGAGAAACAACUGGUGCUCAUAAUAUGACCUGUUCUUACUUUAGUUCUUCGUCAAAUGCAACUUAUGAAGAUGAUUAUUAUUUGGAUACUUUGCAGGAUAGAGGAGACAAAGAAUUAAAUAAACUUUCUCUCAACUCUGAACUUUUGGAUUCUGAGUCACUCACAGAGCUGCCCUCAGUUGAGAAACUCUCCAAUUGCAAGCUGUCUUCAUCACCUUCUUUGUUUACUGAUAACAGCAUGGAAGGUUUUCAGCCUCCUCAGUCCACUGCACCCUCAGUUGCUAAUGAAACCUCUUUAGCUUCUUCUUUGCUGGAAGAAACUUCUGAACACAUGCAUUCAGAUCUUGUGGAGGUCUGUCAUAAUGAAACCAUAUCAUUGUCUUCUUACAAAAUUUGGAAAGAUGAUUGUUUAUUCAUGGUCUGGUCAGUUUCUAGUAAGAGUGGUUUGGAAUUGGAAAGUGCUGACUUAGAAAUUGCUCCAGCAGAAAAUUUCAAGAUCACUGAGCAACCUGGAUGCUGCUUGCCUAUAAUAGAAGCAGAAAGCAUCAAAACCUUUCAAUAUAGCGUGCAGAUGGAGAAACCUUUUACAGAAGGGAAUCUUUCUGGUUUUAUAAAUUAUCAGAUGAUGGAUACUCAUUCUGUUCAGCUUGAAUUUUCUGUAAACUUAUCACUAUUAGAUUUCAUUAGACCAUUAAAAAUCUCAACUGAAAACUUUGGCAAACUCUGGUUAUCCUUCGCAAAUGAUGUGAAGCAAAAUGUAAAAGUGUCAGAAUCUCAAGCUGCUCUGCCUUCUGCCCUAAAGACCCUGCAACAGAAACUAAGACUUCAUGUUGUUGAAAUUAUAGGCAAUGAAGGGCUUUUGGCCUGUCAGCUACUGCCAUCCAUCCCCUGCUUGCUGCAUUUUCGAGUUCAUGGUGAUGUAUUAGCCCUGUGGUUCAGAUCCUCCUGCUCUACUCUUCCUGACUGCUUACUGUAUCAGUGUCAAAAGGUGAUGGAGGGAUCCUAGCAGAAGCUCUGCUUAUAUUUUACUCCAUCAGAAUAAAUGGUUUACAUAAAUAAACUUACUUACCAAAGUAAAAACUCUUGGUACUUCUAGUGAAAAUGGGGAUUAUUAUAAGCUGUGGUUCUGUGUGUUUUCUUUAUGAAUCCUGAUCAAGAAAGAUCCCCAAGGAACUGUAUCCUUAACCUUUUACUCAGGAUUGUACAGUACAUUUGGGUCCCCAAAAAAGUGACCUAAACUAAUGUUAUAAACUGCUAAUGAUUUAUAUGUCACUUAGUGUAGAGGGACUGAAAAUAUUUAUUUUGUUAUAAAUAAUUUUAUAGCAAAUUUACUCUAGUGCUAGCUGAUUUGUAGUAAAGCGCAAGUCUCAGUUCUCUGCAUUAAUGGAGGGGAGACAGACAUGGCAUUGAUAAUCCCAAACCUAAUUCAUAUUUGGCUUUGGAAUGCAGUGUAAGCUUUUUGAUAGGCAAGUCAUUACUUUCAAGUAUGUUUUGCUUAGAUCAGUAUUGAACUAAGUUGGCACAGCACACACUAACAGUUCAGGAGAUCCAUGAGCAUGCUGGAUGUUGGGGGGAUUCAAUCUGUGAUAAAGUUUUUAUUAUAGAUAACUGGUUACACAUGCUUGUAGAUAAUUUGGCUACAAAAUUUGUUUUCCCACUUGCAUUUAUUUUUAAAAUUCAAAGUGAAUCACUGUAUUCUUAUUUUAAAAACCCAGAGCCAUUUACAAAAUAUUGUCAUGUGGAAACACAACCUAUAAGAGCACACAGGUAUAAAAGGACUUCUUAGUUAUGGUGAAUAUCUUAGUUGCCAUUUAGGUCCAUUUAGGUCCUUUUGACAAACCAAAUUUUGUGAGUAUAAAUGGCAAAGCCAUCUUAUCUUUCCUGGCUUUUGAAUCCACUAGGACUCAGUGGAUACAACCAAAGCAGUGACUGCUUAAGUAUACCAUACAGGUCCUUCAGCAAAAUAUCUCAUUUUUAUGUUGUAGUUUUGCUUUUAUGGCCUCUGUCAGAACUCUUAUCAGUAAAAGAGGUUAAGCCUAAUAUGAAUGAUGGACCACGAUCUUGAGAUUGUACAUUAAAGUUAAAAACUGAAAUAGUAGUAUUUUAUAAAAUCUUAUGGUGCUGUGGAAAAUAUUCAUUAUUUCACUUUUUCUGACACUUCACCAUGGAGACUGUUCUGGUAAUAUAGUUUUAAGUCAUUGCAGUUAAUUCUCUGGUUAAUUGGUACUGUUUAUCACCCAGGUGUGGAAUUCUGGUUUAAAUUAUCUCACUAAUCAUAGCUGAUGAAGAUACUAGGGGGAUUCCCCGGAGCUGAGAUUUCAUUAGUUUUUCAUGUCUAGUGUUUUCCUCCCUAAAAACUAAAGCACUAUUUUUAAAAAUUAAUUUUGAAGUUGUUCAUUUUUAAAAAGUUAACACCUUGUUAAUUUUAUGCUUUUAAAAACAUGCAGUAAAACCUUGCUACAAGAGCAAUGGUAAGUGACUGGAAUUUCCUGCCUAGGUUUCUCCUUUUGAGUAGAAGAUCAGAUUCAUCUUCAGGUUCCCAGCAGUGUCAUAGUGAAAGGAAUGAGCUCUCUCUGGGGUGUGGCAGACACUGGUGGCUAGACUUAUCAGCUUCUUUUUUAUUUCUACCUCUGUCAGCAAAGCCCCCCUGAUUCUGCUCUUACUCUGACAAAGAAAUAGGACGUACCCUCUCACUUUGUAGAGGAAUGCAGUAUAUGGCAAAGGAGGUGCUUUCAUUUUUUUCUGUCCUCCUGUGUGCUUACGUGAUCACCAAAACUGGGUUGAGUACAGAGCAGUGGGUGCAAGGUGCCCAGCAAGCAGACGGACAACCACCUGGGAGAGAUUACAGUGGACUACGGUGCUGCUUGGCUGCAGGGCUGUUCAUGAGUGGCAGCACCAGUUGUCGUGAAAGACGUGGCUUGGCCAACAGAGCUGUCUAAGGGUGGGCCACGUGUAAUGGUAGGUCAGGGCGGGGGGCAUCAUUUUGGCCUGCCAAACGGAACUUAGUGCCACUUUUGUUCUUUCUGAACUCACUAAAUGGAAAGUAGGGUGACAGAGGUUCCACAGAAAUGAUUAGUAGAAUGUUUACAAUGUUUAUAUUUUUAUGGUUUUAAAAACAGUAGGAAAGAGUAAAUAGUAAAGAACUUCAGAGCAGUAUAUAUUCUGCCUAAAUUAAUUCAAAGUUUUAAAUUCUAAAUCAGGCAUCACCAACCUUUUUUGCAUUGCUGGAGCUAUGACUAUAAAGUAGGGAGAAUGAUUUUUGUGGGUAGGUGAUCACGUGAAGGGGCAGCAUCUGGAGUAAGAGCUAUGGUGGGGACGCUCAGCUGUGUGAGAAUGCGGCAAGGGUGAAUCGGGGUGGGGGGGGGCGGCGGAUACAGGGCAGACAGACAGCAAAGCUUUAAGAGCAGGUGAAUGAAGAAGGAUCAGGCUCCCGCCAGAGUAGUCCCUGUGGAGGCGGGCAGAUCAGGCUCAGGGGAAAGUGGGCCCCAAGGAAGGGUCCUGAAAAUGCUGCAGAUGGAAGCUGAGCAGUUAACCAAGUGCCAGUGUGCCAAGCAUGCCAAGCACAGCAUGUUCUCUGUAGAGGGGCAUUAUUUUAAACAGUAACCUACUAGCCUCUACCAAAACAGUUGUGCUGAAAAUGCAGUAUUUCAUUUUUUCCUUUUACUUCAUGUCAGUAAUAUUAUAAAAUACUGAGCUCUUUGUCUUUUUUAUGGAUAAAUGUGGUCUUUGUCUCAUGGUCGUGAGCCACUGAAAGUGCACUGAACCUAUUCACAUGUCUUUAAGGUGUUUUGCUCUGUUAAAAUUUUAGGAGGGAAAAAUGCAAGUGAGAAUGACAGCCUAAUAGGCAUUAAUUACCUUAUUUUGGAGUUGAAUUCUGUAAUUGGAAAAAAUUCAGUUAAACAUGUAAUAAAUACAAAAUGAUCUAUACUGUU